AUGUCUGAUUCGGUCAUCACAAAAAUACUUGCUGACUCAGAAAGUGUGAAAUCGAUUCCACAAUUGCCCUUGAACCAGCACCACCCUCACAUCCUCCUUCCUCAUAGCAAUCAAUUAAUCCCUAGAAAGGGAAAAAGAAACACGAACAUAAGCAGCAAACGAGGUGGUCCGGAGGAAGAAAAAGAAAAAGAAAGAGAUAAGAAAGAAGAAGCAAAAGGUGUACACGUUUUUUUGGAUAGCAAUAAGGAAAAAAGAAAGAAAAAAGAAACAAGAGUUAAAUAUGGAAUCAAGGGAAGAAGAACCAUUGCAAGCACAAUCUCAAGCUUAAUACCAUUCUUCGGUUCAAUUGAAUAUACGAACAAAGACAGAUGUAGUGGUGGAAUAAAGAGGGUUAAGAAACAUCUUGCUGGUAUUAAAGGUGAGGACGAUGAUGAAGAGAUGGAGGAAGCAGAAAUGUCAAAUAUGAAAAAGGGGAAAAGGAAAUCUACUUCAAACUUGCAUCCAUUUUUUACGAAAGGUAUAUAUGAUCCUUCCCAACCCACUAUCAAAUCUGUAAUGCAAAGUAAGGCAAAAAUACAUGAUGUGGAUUUAGCUAUUGCUAUGUGGUUUUAUGAUGCAUGUAUACCUAUGAAUGCUUGCAACUCUCGUUUUUUUCAACUUAUGAUGCAAAAAAAGUCAGUUUCAUUGAUAAUUGAUUCGUUAAGAAGUCAAUGGGUUGAUACUAGUUGCACAAUUAUGAGUGAUGGGUGGAGGGAUAUUUCACAACGACAUUUGAUUAAUUUCUUGGUUUAUUGUCCGAAAGGGAUAUCAUUUCUUAAAUCUGUUGAUGCAUCUGAUAUAGAGAUAAAUGCUACAAAUUUUUGUAAUUUGUUUGUUGAGAUUGUUGAAAUGGUAGGAGAAAAAAAUGUGGUGCAAAUGGUAACUGAUAAUGUUGCUAAUUACAAGCUUGCUGGUACUAAGUUAUGUGAAAGAUAUCCUUCUAUUACUUGGUCUCCAGGUGCAUCGCAUUGUCUUAAUCUUGUAUUAAAGGAUCUUUCAGAAUUGGAUAAUGUGAAAAGUUUGGUCAAUCUUGCAUCGAGGGUUACUAUUUUUGUUUAUAAUCAUAAGUGGCCCUUGAAUUUGUUAAGAAAAAGACCCGGUUGGAAAGAAAUUAUCUGUCCAGGUGCUACUCAGUUUAGUACCGUGUUCAUUGCAUUGCAAAGUUUGUAUGACCAUAAAGAAGAUUUACAAGCAAUGGUCAUAUCUAAUGAGUUUAAGAAGAUAUUGAAAGUGGGAAAUUCGGUUGAAUGUAAACAAAUUGUCUUGAAUAAAAUCUUUUGGAAGAAUUGUUUGAUUAUAGUGAAAGUAAUGAAUCCUUUGUUAAAUCUUUUGCGGAUGUGUGAUUCGGAUGAAAAACUUGCAAUUGGUUAUGUUUACGAGGGAAUGCGUCAGGCAAGAAGACGGAUUAAGGAAUUGUUUAAGAAGAAGAAGGAAUUAUAUAGGCCUUACACUAAAAUAAUUGAUAGUCGUUGGGAUAGGAUGUUAAGAAAAAGUAUUUAUUGUGGAGCUUAUUGGUUGAAUCCCGUUUUUCAAUAUGAUCAUGCAAAUCUUUGUAAGAAGAAUGAGGUGUUUCAAGGCAUUCUUGAAAUGGUUGAGAAGACUUUUAAAGGUGAUUACAUUUUAAAUAUUACAUUGAAUUUAGGCAGGUUUCGUGAUGCUGAAGAUGAGUGGUGGAAGUUAUUUGGCGGAGAUAUUCUAGUUUUGCAAAAGGUUGUUAUUAGAAUAUUAAGUCAAACGACAUCUUCUUCCAGUUGCGAACGUAAUUGGAGUGUAUUUGAAAGGAUUCACAUGAAACAGAGGAAUAGAUUGGAACAUCAAAGGCUAAAUGAUCUUGUAUUUGUUCAUUACAAAUUGCGUUUACAAAAUAGAUUGAAGGUUGAUAUGAGGUCUUAUGAUCCUGUUGACUAUGAAAAUAUUGAUAAGAUAGGAUUUUGGGGGGUUGAAGAAGAUCAGGAAGGAGAACUUAAUUAUGAUGAUUUGGAAAAUAUGCUUGACGAGCAAGAGCAUGAACCAGCUUCUGAAUCAUAA